AUGGGAGGAAGCUUCGCUCCGGAAGUCCCGCCUCCGAGGGCGGGCAGAGUGCCUCCACUGCGCGGGUCCCCCAGUGCUGGUUGGGGGCGCUCCCGUCCCUCUCCCCGGCCCCACCCCCGCCGAUGGGCCGGUCCGGCUCUCCCUGCCGAGAGAUGGGCCGGCCCGGCGGCGCGCGGGCAGUGGCGGCGGCGGUGGCCCAAGAUGGCGGAGCUGCAACUGGACCCGGCGAUGGCCGGGCUAGGCGGGGGUGGUGGGAGCGGGCCGGGCGACGGGGGCGGCCCGGGCCGCGGACCUCCCAGCCCUCGCCCCGCUGGCCCCACGUCCCGUGGGCACGGCCGCCCGCCCACUACCGCGCAGCCGCUCGAGCCGGGUCCCGGACCCCCCGAGCGGGCAGGGGGCGCCGGCGCGGCCCGCUGGGUCCGGCUGAACGUGGGCGGCACCUACUUCGUGACCACCAGACAGACCCUAGGCCGGGAGCCCAAGUCUUUCCUCUGCCGCCUCUGCUGCCAGGAAGACCCGGAGCUGGACUCAGACAAGGACGAGACGGGGGCUUACCUGAUUGACAGGGACCCCACCUACUUCGGUCCCAUCCUAAACUACCUCCGCCACGGGAAACUCAUCAUCACGAAGGAGUUGGCAGAAGAAGGUGUGCUCGAAGAGGCGGAGUUCUACAACAUCGCGUCUCUCGUGCGGCUGGUUAAGGAAAGGAUACGGGACAAUGAGAACAGAACUUCACAGGGCCCCGUGAAGCACGUGUACCGCGUCCUGCAGUGCCAGGAGGAGGAGCUGACGCAGAUGGUCUCCACCAUGUCUGACGGCUGGAAGUUCGAGCAGCUCAUCAGCAUUGGGUCUUCCUAUAACUAUGGAAACGAGGACCAGGCGGAAUUCCUCUGUGUCGUCUCCAGAGAACUAAAUAACUCCACCAAUGGCAUCGUCAUAGAGCCCAGCGAGAAGGCCAAGAUCCUUCAGGAGAGAGGAUCUCGGAUGUGAACUCCAGACCCGUGCACAUCCGGAGAGCAGCCAGCAGAGCACCUCCGUGAAGGCCAGUCUUGCUCCUGUACAGUGACCGAGCUGCUGCGACGCAAAGCUGAGCCUGGGCCCCCGGGGAGCGUUUCUGGUGAAACCAAAGGCACCCCCACCCCACCCACAAGAAGCUGAAGACAGAUGCAGCUUCCGGCUGCAGAGCACCUUGUCAGAAACCGGCUUCGUUUCUCACCAGUGUUACGACAGAUCUUUACAACCGCAUCUGGCCUGGGUUCCCCGUCCGAGCCCCUGUGGGGAGUGCGGGGGAGGAAGGCCCGCUCUUGGUCUGUGCCUGACCUUGGGGGCAGGGGCGAGCGAAGUCCGACGUCCCUGCGCUGCACCAUGUCUUCACGUGAAGGCGCCAGCAGGCGUCGGCAGCCAGCCGCCCUGUGGCUCUUCCCCUUCCCUGUGUGCAUCCCAGACCAAUGUAGCAGGUGCGAAGGAUGCUGGCUUCCACUCGUCCAACUGCAUCCAGGUUCUGGAAGAAGGACAGAGUUGCCAGAGUACCCCACGUUCCUAUGAACUAAGCCUCUGAGGAAGGGGAGGAUGGAGCAUCCUUGCUUGCAGUUGGAGGGCGGGGGUCGCUGCCCAGCGUUGGGGGUACUCGGCUGCUGCCGCACGCAGCCCUGCCUUGUUUGUGCCCAGUAGCCUGGACCCUCCAGGCGGCUCACUGUCUUCCUAGGAAGAGGUCUGGGGUGGGCAACGUCUGCGCUGAAUCAGACAGAUGGGGGCUUCGGGUAGUUAGUGUAACUGCUUCUGCAGCCCUUUUUCACCCUCCGUCGGCCCGUCUGCCUUCCCUGACUUUAACCCAGAAGGAAGGGACCUUGGAACUUCUGGGGGCUUGGGGUGGGGAUGGCUGUGUCUUCCAGAGUGGCCAGGUAUGUGAUGUGGCAGCAUCCAAAGUGUUAUUUCUGUGACCGUCUCUAGGAAACGCCUUCCACCAAACGUGUGAUACUUGUGUCUCUCUUGGUUUCUGACCUUGGCAGUCCAGCCCCACAGCCUUGUCAGUGACCCCACGCCUUUCCCACUGGUGUGUGUGUUUGCUGCGCCCAUUACCCCACCCCUCACCGUCUCUUCUUUCUGUGGGGUGACACGUCCUUGAGGAUCAGAUGCUCGUUUGACCUGGGGGAGCAAGGCUGUGGGCACAGAGCUUGCACCUCGACCUUCUCUCUGAGCUUUUGCGUCGUGGAGAACCGCCAUUGCUUGCACAGGGCCCGGGGGACCCUGUGCUUCCCCUUGAUGACUUCCGCAGUGUGGCAAAUGGUCCAGAGAAGCGGGGCCCUCAGGAACGCUGUACCAGUAAAUGCCACUGUAAGCCACUUGCUCCUGGCUCCUUCAUAGCUGGGACCCUCCCUGCUCCACAGCUGCUUGCUAGGUGGGCCUGGGGUCCCACUUUUUGGAAAUGAGCAUAGACUGUGCCAAACGUCUUUUGGGUGUCACCUGCCCAGGCCUCUCACUCCAACCUGUUUCUCUGUGUGUAAAGUAGGACAGAAAUGUACAUGCAGUGGUGUCUGCUGCCACGGUGUCUGCACACCAGCUGGGUGUGCACGUUGGCACGUGCCCAAGACUUUUACAGCUGUAAAAUGUUGCCUACAAUAAAAGCAGUCACCUCUUCCAAAAGGUCACAAGCAUCAUCCUGUCAUCUUUCAAGAGAAAGAAAAAAGAUUUCAGUGUGUUGAGCAAAGCCGCUCAAGGGCAGGGGCCUGGGAGAGGUGCUCUGGCCAGUUCGAAAGGAGGACGGGCCCAGGCAGGUGCGCGUUCCCGGGCGGUGCCUGGUGACCAGUCUCUCCUCCCCAAGCCAGCGGGGGCGAGAGAGGGCUGGAGGACGGACGGGCCAGCCCUUGGGAAUGCACUGUCCCUGUGUUUCGGACUUCCACCGGGGGUCCCGCAGGAAGGCUGCUGAACCCCUUGCUAAGGGCUCUGAGACGCGGGCAUAGCGGGGUUUCUUAUCUCCUGAAGGGCUGGCGUUCACCACAUCUCCUUCCUCAUGGCGACCCAGUGACAGUUUAAAUUGUCCCAGUGCUCCAGAAAUCUCAGGUGAUUUGUCUCUUAAGGUUUCUGGAAAAGUAUUUUACCCAAACCCUUUAUGAACCAAGGGGGUGUUUUUCCUGAAAGCCUUCUCCCCUUGGCAGAGUCUGGCUGAUAGCUUCAGAGAGCGGUCUGGCCAUUGGCUCGGGGGUGUCACGUGCCCAGGAACCCACAGUCCCCAGCUGCCCCGUGGGGGGUGCCUUCCUGCUUCAUUCUCCGCCAGGUCCGAGGCCUCAGGCCAUGCAGGCCGGGCCCGGCCUUGGUCUCUCCUGAGUGGCCAGCGCUUCCGUUUUCUCAGAACCUGCUCUUCACCCCGCCAGUACGGUGGGGGCCAAGCCCCUACAGGGUGACUUUGCUCCUGCGCAGUUUUAACUGGCCUCGGGGGUGUUGGCGUGGUGUCAGGAAGGGAGGGGCAGAGACGCUGAGGGAGGAGGCACAGCCUGGGGUCCAGGGGUUGGGGACCAUGCCAGUCCCUUGUGGGUGCCCUUUGUUACUGUUGGUGUGUUUGAAAAGUCUGAAAUGUUGCCUUUUUUUUUUUCUUGGUCAAUAAAGACAUUAAACUUCUGAA